AUGAUCUGUAUGAGCGCUAGCUUGACAGCCGGGAUCUUCACAGCUGAAAUCUGUUUUUGCCUUUAGGAAAGUGAAUGUAGGUUAGUGACGACACUUCCCCCCUCUCUUUCCCAGAUUCAUCCCGAAGUUUUUUUCGCCUCUCCUGGGCGCUGUGAAGUGAACUUUUCUCCCCUUCUUUUCCCCUAAUUUAAAGUAAAAACAACACCUAAAAGCACAACAAUGUCGCCGCCGUCUCGACGGCUUCAGACGAAGCCCGUGAUAACCUGUUUGAAGACUUUCCUCAUCUCCUACAGCCUCAUAUUCUGGGUGAGUUGCUGCCUGACAUGUAACAUAAUGGGGGACAACAAGCUAGAGGAGCAACAAUGAGCUAAAAGCGGCCGAGGGGCCAGAGGGACUAUCAUCUGCUCAAAUCACGACAGCGACACACACCGAUGUAAAUGUCGAGAAAGAUGUGAAAUAGAUGUUAAAAACAGCUGAACUGCCGUGUGUUUGUAUGUGUCUUCACAUAAAGAGCCACUUGUUGAAAACGUACCGACCGUUGGAGUUGCCGUUAGUGUUCAGAUUUAUCCACCUAACCGAAUCUCAAAGUGCCGAUUACGUUCAUUACACGUCACUUAUAAAAACAUUACAUUCAGGUCAUUCAUGAGAAGCGAGACAAAACCGAAGAUCAUAUACAACACAAUUACGUCGAUGAAAUGUGAUAGAACUUGUCUAUACGGGAAACUGUUAAUCGACUCACAGAAAUGAAAUCGGUAGCUACUUUGAUCAGCGAUUAAUCGUUCAGGCCAUUCGAAAAUCGAUAUAACGCCUUUCCCCAUUCACUUCUGAUCAAUUUUUAUGAUUACUCUUUCUUUGAUACUGUGAUACAAUCAAAACCCAAUGAGACUUAAAUGUCAUUAAAUAAAGUAAAGAUGAGUUGGUUUUCAAUGAAACAUAUUUAGGUUUUAUUCAAACGUUUUAGGAGAGCAGUUCUUGAUAAAGUACAUAGUACAUAAUACAGUUAUUGACUUAACUGUGGAACAUUUCUGGUUGUAGUCUCAGCUAAAUGUCAGGAACAUUUCAGUGAGCUUUCUUUCAGGAAAAAUUUGGCGAUGAAAUGUGAUAGAACUUGUCUAUACAGAAAACUGUUAAUCGACUCACAGAAAUGUAAUCAGUAGCCACUUUGAUCAGCGAUUAAUCGUUUUUGGCAUUCGACAAUCCACAUAGCGCCUUUUCCCCUUCCUUUGAUGAUCAAUUUGUAUGAGUACUCUUUUCUUUCUUUGAUACUGUGAUACACACAAAGAUACAAUAAAAACCAAAUGAGACUUAAAUAAUGACAUUAAAUCAAAAUUUAAAGAUAAGUUGGUUUUCAAUGAAACAUAUUUAGGUUUAAUGAGAGCAGUUCUUUAUAGAUACAAUUACUGACCUAAUUGUGGAAUAUUUCUGGUUGUAGUCUCAGCUAAAUGUCAGAAACAUCACAGUGAGCUUUCUUUCAGGAGAAAUUGAGCUGUUAUCUUUUUUUUUAAUCUUUGUACAGAACAAACAGCCAUCUCGCCCUGCUGUUGCAGCUGAAACAAAGUUCAGUUUAGUGCUUUUAUCUGGCUAUUUAUUGCUCUCGCCUGGUUUAGCUGAUGUCUCGCCUCAAGGCUAAUGAGUGUGUGGGCAGUCUUAAAGUAAAGGUAGAGUGCUGAUUAAACCUCAGGCUGAGUGUAGUCAGGUAAGCCAGGUGUGCUCUCGCUCAAAUGUUUACAGGUACAGAAGAUAUCGUACGCAUGGAUCAGAUAUCUUCUGAUAAGAACCAAUUGGCAGGGAGUUUAUCAAAUUUAUAAGACUAGACUAUACGGUUUGAUAGAGAAUACAGUGUUUGUCAAUGUUCCGUUUAAACUCAUCUUUUUCUUCUCAACAGUGUUUCCUCUCUAGAGAGCAAUCUAGAUUCAUGACUUGUUAAAUUGUAUUCCUGAUCUGCCAUUGAUAUAUCUGUUAACAGCUGAUACAAACCAAAAUUUUAAUAUUUGAACUGAUGUGUAAGGAGGGCCAACGUGAUUAGCUUGUAUAAAGUGUUAGGUUUCAGUGUCGCUUAAAGAUCAUUUGAUUAUUGAUUAUUCUGACAUCAGGAAAAGAGAUGGAAAAAAAACUACCACUACUUUAAAAAGUCCAGGUUUGUGCCUCUAAGCUGCUUUUUAUCAGCUUAUCAAUGAUCCAGAACCCAAAGGUGGAAAUUAUACUUGCAUCAAAUUGUCUUGGCUGAGAUAGGAGUAAACAAAUGUUUUUCUCUGCUUGAAAAAGUGGAGGCUUUAAUUGUUUUUCAGUAGUUAACCAGUUGUUACAGUUAUUUAGGGCCCUGUUUCUUGGUUCAUAAAACAGAAUUAAAUAAAAUGGAGCUGCCUAUUAGGAGAUUCUUAUUCUUGUUAUUUAACCUGUUAAAAAGGGAGGCCGUGUAGUGUGCUUAGAAAGUAAUUUAUUCAUCUAAAAUAGUCAAAAAAUGUCUGAUAACUAUUGUGAUGCAUAUAUGACGAAUGUCUAAAUGAAAAGGCUGUAGGAAAAGACAUUCAAACGCUCUUGUUCGGGUUCUGGAGUAAGUGUAGAAAGGUUAAGUUAUCUAAAUUAACAGCCUUACUUCACCACCCACAUAAACCUCAAACUGCUUCAGUCCACAGACCGGUGCAGGAGCGUCCUCUGUAAUGAUGGAGUAGUUUUACUGAUGUGAGAUGAACUUUUUAGGAAAGGAACUCUGAUGUAGUUUUUGUUUAUUUUGUCCAUAUGUCACUCUUGUCGUUCCUUUUUGGUUACUUGAAAUAAUUGAAGGCAAAAGCUAAACUGCACACGAUUUAAAGGUACAUUGCCAAAGGUGUUCUAUAAUUAAGCUUUAAAUCUUAGGCCCUGUCCAGCUUUCUCUUUGUCUCUUUGAUGCCGUACUCACCCUGCUGUCCUCCUCAGGUCACAGGCGUGAUCUUGCUGGCUGUCGGGGUGUGGGGGAAGGUGAGCCUGGAGGCCUAUUUCUCCCUGGAUGCGGACGAGAGCACAACCAAUGCACCAUAUGUCCUCAUCGGGACCGGAGCCACCAUCGUUAUUUUUGGACUGUUUGGCUGCUUUGCUACGUGCCGUGGCAGCCCAUGGAUGCUCAAACUUGUGAGUGAGGCGGCAGUAGGUCCUCUCACAUAUUCCUUGAUAAUUCGACCUCUUGUAAUCAUUUGUCUUAUUCUCGCUCCCUUCAGUAUGCCAUGUUUUUGACCCUGGUGUUUUUGGCUGAGCUCAUAGCCGGAGUCUCAGGCUUUGUCUUCAGACAUGAGGUGAGUUACUCAGCCAAAACAACACUGUGUUCAUCAACAAAUGGAUCAGAUCAGCUUAAUGAGAGUUUAAUCUUUUGUGUUUUGAAUCCAAUAACAGAUCAAGGCCAAGUUAGAUACUGCCUACAAACGGGCUGUGAACUCCUACAACAGCACUGACAGCAGCAGUGCUGCAGUCGACGCCAUCCAGAGGACUGUGAGUGAAAGCUGUUACAGCACAUUAAUGCUGUUAACUGUAUUUGACAUGGUUCUCUCUGUACAAACCAAAGGAAUCUAGUUUAUAUAAGAAGACUUUAGGUUUACUUGAAACAAAGCUGAAACAAGCAGUGAAAUAUGCCCCUCACCUUACUGUGGGUUUAAACUUGAGAGCAUUUUGCUUGCGUAUGGAAGAGCAGAUGUUUACCUGAAGGUGAUCCAAAACAUCUGGAAUGACGUCACUCAUAGCAAAAGAGCAAUUUCCUGCUUUUUCUUCUCUUAUUUUUAUUUUGAUUUGUCUCAAUUUGGUUGUCGUCCCUUUUUUCGUGCAGUUGCAUUGCUGCGGGGUGACAGACUACUCUGACUGGAACACAACACGCUACUUUCAAGACAAGGGAAUCCCAGCCAGCUGCUGUAAAGACAGUAACAACUGCUCACUGGACAUGCUGAAGGACCUCAACAAGGCUAAGACAGAGGUGUAUACCCGGGUGAGUUCACUGGCAUCACUACUUAUGGGCUUCAAUGUUUUUGAGUGUAAAAUUGCCUGUUUGUGUAAUACUUUAAUUUUCCUUUGCUUGUUAGGGCUGUUUUUCACUGAUGACCACUGUGAUGGAGGCUAACCUUGGGAUCAUCGCAGGGAUUUCCUUUGGAAUAGCAUUCUUCCAGGUACGCCUCUUUCUUCUUUCUUCUUGUUUCCUCUGUCCUCCCUGCUGGUUACUUCCCUGCUGUAUACAAGAGUUAUUGGACAGAGAUAUGAAUCAAAACUUAAUCAUAUCAAAAGACUCCGCUCUGCAUUUGUCACAAGCUCUGUAGACCUUAUCAGUUCUACGAUAAAGUCUAUCAUAUCCUGGGAGUUUUAUUUUGAGUCGUUUCAUUUGAACUAAAUCACUGGUGCAGAAAUGCCAACGAUCUGAUGCUUGCAGGGAUGGCAGAACAUGCAGAGAGGUCUGAAAUUUUGCUAAACUGGACCAAAGCAAAAAAAUUAAGAGGAGAUUGUUUUGGUUAAUGUUGCAGGAUCAUUUUUUGCUAGAGUAGGGAGAUCAUUUCCAUCACCAAGUACAUUAGCAUCACAUUAAAGCAGAAUGAAGCACUUGUGACUGACUUUAAAACACACUGCAGCUUCUGCAGGACAGUCAUUUUACUCCUCAUGUGAAACCACCCAAACUUUGCAGGUCCUGUUCGCCAAAAACAGAAAUCUAAAGCUGAAAUUUGUGUAGAAAUUAGCAGCAUGAAAGCUAGUGAACUAUCUAAACCAUUACUAGUAAGACCAAAACAUAAGCAGCGGUCAUGUGGUUAGCUGAGCCGCACAGCCUACGUCAUUCCCUGUCAGCUAACUUAAACACAUUGAUGAUCCCUCAGGUUGGUACAGUCCUCAGCAGAACAGAGUCUUGUGUAGAUUUGAAGGAGAUACUCGUGACUAUGGAAAGUUCAUUGACUUCUGUUACCCAUUGUUUCCUCUCCUCUACUCUGCUAAUCCAGCACAGAAAGCUGCAGGAGACACAUUAAUCAACAAAGCUGUCGAUCAAUCAUCUUUGACUAUUAAAUAGCUCAUUAAAACCCAGGUUUUGGGUACAACCGUUCUUCUGUGGUAGUCAUAUUUUUAUUUGUGCCCUCUACAGUGUAUUUUCAGGCAACAGCAAAGAUUUGGACAGACACUUAUUUAUAAGUAAAACUACAACUAAAAACAGUCAGAAUGGCCUUUGCUAUUCCCUUGUGGAAAACACGUCAAGUUCAAUGUUGAAUGGAAGUUUCAGGCAAAGUAAAAAGGCCUUAAGUAUCCGUGAAUGUGAUGAUCAACAUGGCUUUAGAAGUAGCGUUAGAGAGCUGAUAGUUUUUGUCCAAAAUCAAGUAACUGCUGGAAGUAGCCGUCAGAAGAUGGGUACACUGUGGUCAAAAAGGGAUGGACAUGGUCAGCAACAAUACCCAGGUGGUCUGUGGUGUUUACACGGUGCUUAGUUGGUACUAAGGGGCCCAAAGUGUGCCCAGAAUAUGGCCCCCACACGAUUACACCACCAGCAGCCUGAGGCAGGAUGGAUCCAUGCUUUCAUGUAUUUUAUGCCAAAUUCUGACCCACCAUCUAAAUGUCUCAAGUGAAAUCCAGACAGGCACUGAUUUUCCAAUCUUCGAAGUCACUUAAAUCCCCUUUCUUCCCUCAUGUGAUGCUUGGUUUGAGUCGUCUUGUCCACGUCUACAUGCCUAAAUAAAGUUGCUGCCAUGUGAUUGGCUGAUUAGCUAUUUGUGUUAACGAGCAACUUAACAGGUGUACCUAAUAAAGUGUCCAGUUAGUGUAUAUUUCUUUGCCAUCUUAGCCUCAUUGUUCGCUGCAUUUGUGAAAAACAGUGACAUUGGUGGCUAUUUGUCUUCAUUUUCUUUAAUAGGAGUAAGAAAAAAUGAUGAAUCUUGUGUUUUGAUGUGUCUGUUUUAACACUCUUUGUAUUUCUUCUUAGCUCAUCGGGAUCUUCCUGUCAUGCUGCUUGUCUCGAUACAUAACCAACAACCAGUAUGAGAUGGUCUAACAGCAGCGUUUCCACAGGUAAGCCUUCUUAUGCAGAGAUGAUUCAGUAAUUCAAGGUUAGAGGUCAGAGCGUCUUAACUCAUCAUGUUUUUGCUCUGUCUUUACAGGUCAUUGACGGGCAGCUCCGGAUGCAAACAGAGUGAAAAGAACCUCCUGUGAUUUUUAGAUAUUGUGUGUAUGUGUUAGUUGAUGUUAUUUUAGAGAGGGAAAAACACUUGCUGCUUGUUCUUAUAUUCAGUGUCACCAAUGAAAAAUGAGCGAAAGAGGGAAUCAUGUUAAAGGGAUGUUGUCUGCAGCUUGGUUUGACCAAAAAUUAUAGAAAAGGAACUUGAACUUUUCAAAUCACUCCGAGGAUUAAAAAGGAUUUCCAGUUAGCAUAGAAGAUGUCGUUUAGUUCCAACUCUUUAAAAGUGCCAACUUUUCUAUUUCGCUGUGGCCUUGUUAAAUGCAGCUGCCUUACUUUGUAAUUUGAAUUAGUCUGUAGUUUAGCAGAUUAAAUCUAGAUGAGAAAAUGUUUCAUGUUGAACUUCUCGGUAACACUAAGGGAACCUUGUGUGUGAACUCCGAAUAAGACUCAAAGAUGGAUAAAAGUAUCCAACCCUGAACCAAGUCUGUGGGAUAAAACCAGCUUUACUGACUCUGUAGGCCAGUAUUGUUAAAAGCUUUCAUUCAGUGUGUGCCAGUAAACCCGGCCAACUUUAUAUGUCAGUGUUAAGUUGUUAUUCUUUUGUGAUGCAUGUGAAAUACUUGAAAAAAAAUAAAGAUAAUAUUCAGUAUCUUUACUGCAUGUGCA